AUGAUGUCAAUUCGUGGCCGUGGACGCGGUGGACGCGGCAAUCCCUUAUUAUCUGGACAACAGUCGAACCCGCUGAGUGGGAGACUCCUAGGCCUUCCACAAGAGCCACCGUGGCGGCAAGAAGAUGCCGACCAAGCAUCCGAAGUCUCACCGCCAGUCUCGAACUUCAUCGCGCAGCUACAGACACACGACGCAAGCCAAACGAGGCUUAUCGCUGAUUUGCGUGCGAAGCUCGCUCGUGCCGAGGCUAAACUCGAGGCGCAGGGCGAAGAGCUCGUCGACGCACGCGCCGAGACCACCGCCCUUCGCACCAAGCUUGUCACUGAGAGCCAUGUCGCACUCCAGGAGCGCGAAGCUGCACUGCGGAAAGGGGAGGAGGGGCUUGCGACGGCCCUUGAUGCGCUGGAGCAUACAAAGGAGGUGAUACUCGGUAUUCGCAAGAGGAGUUCUCAGACUGUGAACGGUGGAGACUCGAAGGACACCGACGUCGACGCCCAGUCUCUAAUAAACAAGCGCGUGAAAAUGGAACAUGUAAAGUAA